AUGUGUGACAGGCAUUGGGAGGCUAGCCACGUCACCUCCGUGGACCUCAGUUUCCUCCUCUGUAAAAGGCGAGAGUCUCCGUCGGAGACCCUCCCGCGGACCCUCCUGCGAUCCCGGGGGUGCCGCCUCCGAGAGGGGGCGGAGUCAGAGGCGCCGGACAAAGGCCAGGCAGAUGUAAAUGACACGCGGGUGCCCAGGGAGGGGCUUAUGGGGAAAGGGGGCGCGGCGGCGGCGGCGGCAGGACUUUGGCGACGCUCCCUGCGCGGUGACAGGCCCGGCGGGGCGGGCCGGGGCGGGCCGGGGCGGGCGCUGCAGCGGCCUCAUUCCCCAGCCCUGGCGGGCGGGCUGGCUGGCGAGCGAGUGGAGCCGACAGGAGCGGGCGGAGCGCAGCGCAGCCCGGCCGGGACGGGCUGGGGUGGCCAUGGCACGGGCGCUUCCCCUCUGAGAGCCCGGGUCGCGGGCGGAGCCGCAGAAAUGACGGUGGAGUUCGAGGAGUGCAUCAAGGACUCGCCCCGAUUCAGGGCAACCAUAGAUGAGGUGGAACAGAUGUGGUGGAGAUUGAGGCAAAUUGGCAAGGUGAGAGACCUCCUCUGUGUCCAUCAUUCCCAUAGCUGCGGGGGAGGAGCCUGUGUUGAUCCCCUGGUCAAACUCUGUAGUGGGAUGAUUGAGGCUGGCAAGGUCUACAACACCAACAAGCACUUUGUCAGCGGUGUCCGGGACCUUUCCCAGCAGUGCCGCAACGAUGAGGUGGUCUCGGAAUGUCUACAGAAAUUUGGAGACAGUCUUCAGGAAAUGAUCAACUACCACAUGAUCCUGUUUGACCAGGCCCAGCGGUCAGUGCGGCAACAACUCCACAAUUUUGUCAAAGAUGACGUUAGGAAAUUCAAAGAAACAAAGAAACAAUUUGACAAGGUUCGAGAGGACAUGGAGUUGUCUCUGGUGAAGAAUGCGCAGGCUCCACGGCACCGGCCACAUGAGGUUGAGGAAGCCACCGGAGCACUGACCCUCACCCGCAAAUGCUUCCGCCACUUGGCUCUGGAUUAUGUACUUCAGAUCAACGUCCUUCAGGCUAAGAAGAAGUUUGAGAUCUUAGAUGCGAUGCUGUCCUUCAUGCAUGCACAGUACGCCUUCUUCCAGCAGGGUUACAACCUCUUGCACCAACUGGACCCCUACAUGAAGAAACUGGCUGCAGAGCUGGACCAGCUGGUGAUUGACUCUGCGGUGGAGAAGCGGGAGAUGGAGAGAAAACAUGCCCUAAUCCAGCAGAGGACUUUGCUGCAGGACUUCUCCUAUGAUGAAUCCAAAGUGGAGUUUGAUGUAGAUGCUCCCAAUGGCGUGGUCAUGGAGGGAUACCUCUUCAAGAGAGCCAGCAAUGCCUUCAAGACAUGGAAUCGGAGGUGGUUCUCCAUACAGAACAGCCAACUGGUCUACCAGAAGAAGCUCAAGGAUGGGUUGACCGUGGUGGUGGAAGAUCUCCGUCUCUGCACUGUGAAGCCAUGUGAGGACAUAGAGAGGAGAUUUUGCUUCGAGGUGGUCUCCCCUACAAAGAGCUGCAUGCUACAGGCUGACUCGGAGAAGCUCCGCCAGGCCUGGGUUCAGGCAGUCCAGGCCAGCAUUGCUUCGGCUUACCGGGAAAGUCCUGAUAGCUACUACAUUGAGAGACUGGACCGAACGGCAUCCCCGUCCACCAGCAGUAUUGACUCCGCCCCAGACACCAGGGAUAGAAGCAGCAAGGGGGAGGGCAUCCUACAGCGGGUGCAGAGUGUGGCGGGCAAUGGUCACUGUUGUGACUGUGGGCAGCCUGACCCCCGCUGGGCCAGCAUCAACCUAGGUAUCCUGCUGUGCAUCGAGUGCUCAGGCAUCCACAGGAGUCUGGGGGUCCACUGCUCCAAGGUCCGGUCCCUGACACUGGACUCCUGGGAACCAGAGCUGCUGAAGCUGAUGUGUGAACUUGGGAAUAGCACCGUGAACCAGAUCUAUGAGGCUCAGUGUGAAGAACUGGGGCUCCAGAAGCCAACAGCCUCAAGUUCCAGGCAGGACAAGGAGGCUUGGAUCAAGGUCAAGUAUGUGGAGAGAAAGUUCCUGAAGAAGCUUCCAGGGGCUGGGGUGGAGGCCAGUGAGACGACGGGUCGGGGAGAGGCCAAGCCCAGGCGAUGGAGCAUGAAGAAAUGUCGACGACACCACAGUUCUCCCCGGGUGCCCCGGAUGCGACGCCAGCUCCGGCAAGAGCCUGCCGCCAUCUCUCCCGCAGCCCUAUCUUCAGCCAGCACUUUGGAACGGAAAUUUCGACGUGACUCUCUCUUCUGUCCUGAUGAGCUGGACUCACUCUUCUCUUACUUUGACACCGGAGCGGCUGGGGCGGGACCAAGAAGUGCUGGCCACAUGUCUGCGCAGGCCCCCCCAGCAGCUGGUCAGUGGGACAGUGGCCUGGGCCCCGGGGGCACUGAGGCGUGCCUCCCGGCCGGAGGUCUGAGCAGCGACAGUGGCCUCGGUGGCAGCACGGAUGGAAGCUCAGACGUCCUGGUCUUUGGCUCUGUGGUAGACAGUGUCAUGGAAGAAGAGGGUGAAGUAUCUGAAGACUCAAGCGCUGAGGGGGACCGGGAGACCUGGGACCUGGAGGACAGCCGGGAACUGCACCCGGGGCUGCUGGCCUACAGGGCGGCCCGAGCCCGAAACCUGCCUGUCCUGGCUGAGGCGCUGGCCCAUGGGGCUGAGGUCAAUUGGGUCAACGAGGAGGACGAGAGCAAGACGCUGCUGAUCCAGGCAGUGAUGGGGGGUUCCUUGAUCAUCUGUGAAUUCCUUCUCCAAAAUGGGGCUGAUGUGAACCAAAGAGACAGCCUGGGGCGGGCACCCCUCCAUCAUGCCACCUACCUGGGUCAUACGGGACAGGUCUGUCUGUUCCUAAAGCGUGGGGCUGACCAGCACUCACUGGAUCAAGACCAACAGGACCCACUGGCCAUAGCUGUCCAGGCUGCCAAUGCUGAUAUUGUUACUCUGCUUCGGCUGGCUCGAAUGAAUGAGGAGAUGAGGGAAGCUGAGGGACCCCUUGGACAACCAGGUGAUACUACCUAUCUGGACAUCUUCCGGGAGUUCUCCCACAUGGCAUCCCACCACCCAGAGAAACUCAACCGGCAGAGCCUCCAUGCCAGCCCCUCAGCCCAAUAGCCUCUCCCUUCUCCUCUCCAGGGGGCUGGGCUGGGCCUUCAGCCUGAGCGUGAACUGUCCCUGCCUGGUUUUAGGGAGCAGCAGUGCCGUCCCUCUAGGGGAGGGAAAGGGGAGAAAAUUUCUCUAUACCAUGCCUGUCUCUAGGAUUUGUCCACUAGCCUGGAGCCAGAGGAAAGGGGGAGAUAAUUUAGGGCUCAGCUGGACUGAGUCUGAGAUCUUUGCCCCUCUGCUUGCUGAGUGGUUCCAUAGGGAGGGGAGGGAGACCCCUAUGCAGGAGCUGAUGGACUCUUUUUAGGGCUAGAUGAGACACCCCCAUCCUAGUUACUGAACAUCUGGACCUAUGUCCUUCUCAGCCUCACAGGCCCUAGUCUUCUGCUAGGGGGCUAAAACUCUCCCCAACCCACCCCCUGCCCCUGCAUUGAGUCAGGCAACUGUUGUCCUCAGCCCCUGCUGAGGCAACUUUCAGCAGAGCAGUUUCAUGUCCUAUAUGCAUUGUUCAAGUCUCUUUGCUAGAGUGAGUAGCUCAGGGGAGCCAGGGACCAGCAUAUUAUCCAUUCUCUUCUCGAUCCUGAGUGGCUGGUCCGUUCCCAUAUGAUGCAGGCCAAGACCUCAGUACCCAACAAACAGCUUCUCUUAGGGAAGCGGCUUCCUGGUUUGGGUCAUUCCUGUGAUGGACAAGGUUUGGGGGGUGAGGGGGUCAGUGCCCCAGCCCCAAUAAAGCCGAGGAUAGAGAAGCAGCACCCUGUGCUCUUGUGUUUGGGGCUCCCCCCUAACCUCCUUUAGCCACAGGAUAUGGGCUCCCCCUGGGGCUCUCAACACCAGCCACUGUGUGGCCCUUCCACCAGCCUGCUGCCCUUCACCUUGGAAUUCCCCCUCAGCCCUAAGGAAUGGGGAUCCUCCCCCUUCAUUAUCACCCCCAAGCAGCUGGUCCAUGGGCAGCAGUCCCCCUCCCUGCCCUAAAUCGCUGUGAGCCCAGGGGAAAUGCCAACUUGUUUUAAUACCCAGUUAAGGCAGGUGGAUGGGAAGUCUGCUGCGGGGGGGCUUGGUGCCCCUGAUCUCAUGGGGAGUUUUCUGCACUGGUGCUUUCUCUUUGCAGAGAAGAGAGGACUGUUGCUUCCUUAGCGGGGGGUAUUGGUGACAAGGGAGGACAGCCCUGGGCUCAGCAGAAGGGCCGGGGUCCAUAGCAGGGGGCUUCUGGGAAGCUCUGGAGCUGAGGGUUGUACAUGGGCAGGUAUUUUCGGAAACAUUUGGCCAUCUUGUUAUCGCACUCGCACAUCAUUUUCUCACACCGGUCCCGAGUCUUCACUGUGGGAAAGAGGUGGGGUGAGAGAUGGAGGGGUCACCCAAGGCCCUUUCCCCUCAUGCCCUUUGCUCAUGUGCACGUGGCCACCCCUCCAGCAGUCAUUGUCCUCCACCCCACAAUCCUCUUUUUUUCUUUUUUUUUUUUUUUUACAGGGCAAUGAGGGUUAAGUGACUUGCCCAGGGUCACACAGCUAGUAAGUGUCAAAUGUCUGAGGCUGGAUUUGAACUCAGGUCCUCCUGAAUCCAGAGCCAGUGCUUUAUCUACUGCACCACCUAGCUGCCCCGCCCCAAUCCUCUUUAUGGAGAAGACUGGACAGAGGGAAGGAACCUCAUAUAGCAUAGAACAGAGAGAGAGUGGACCAGUGAGAUUCUCCCUUUGAGUCACCCCUCCUCUGCCCCAAUUCCUAGACUACAUCUCUUCCUCCUCUUCUUCCCAUCCAUCUUCCUGGGUUAAGCUCUAGAACUCACCACACUUCACCUUGGUCCCCAGGUUAAGGUAUCUGUAGGUGUGAGAGCCAGGGGUGCAGCCAAACACCUGUGCCUUGUUGUAACAGCAGUCGUGACUGUGACAACACCUGUGGUGGGGGGCAGACAUCUGAUCAGCAGCUCAGUUGAAAACAAUCUUGGGAUCUCAGUGGAUCAUACAUUCAAUAUGGGUCCACAGUGGGAUUGCGGGAGGCAAAAUAAACUAAUGAAACCUUAGACUGCAUUGAGAA